GUGCCCAUCUUCUUCCAUGUUUUAUAUGUGGGACGCCUGCCACAGUGUGGCUUGAUAAGUACUGCCAUGUCCACACCCUGGAUCCGAACCAGAGAACCCCGGCCGCCAAAGGAGAAGAUGAGAACUUGACCGCUGUGCCACCGGGCCGGCCCCCUACUUUUUUAUUUGUUUGAUUUUUUGCUUUUAAAAGGCUCAGAGGGGGUAUAACUACAAAUCAGCUGCCUUCAGAUUAAAUGUUCGGUUUUAUUCCCCGGCUACCGCUGGCAUUCAUGGAGUUGGUUUUUCACAAGUUUCAUACCCCCUCAACAUUUUAUUAUGAAACUUCAAAUAUACAGAAAAGUCGAAAGAACAGUAAACCCACUGAAUACACCCACCGUCUAGAUUCUACAGUUAACAUUCUGCUGUUACUUGCUUUCUCAUCUAUCUACCCGCCAUCAAUCUACAGAGCUUUCAUCUUUAAUAUGAAAAUCUUUUUAGCUCAAGACUCUGCUGAGGGAAGGCCUCAUUUUUGACCGUCCCCAGACUCAGUGCCCCGCACUAUGGGAGGUAAAUGUGCAAAGUGCCACGGUGGGAGUCGACCUGCUCUGAGCCCCUUAAAGACUCAGCACAGAGGCUGGGAGCAUGGAUGUGGUUCUAACCCUGACCCCACUAGGAAAACUCAGUUUUCUCACCUGAAAUAUCGGAACCCCACCAUCCCCAUCCCGGGGGAGGACCAAAAGCGCAAAUCGCAGGAAGCACUCUAUAAUGACAGUUGCGACAGUUCUGAUUCUUCUCCUCCCUCUUUGUCUCCGAUGAACUUCAAGUCCAAGCUAUGGAGUCCAUCUCAGGCCUCUUACACCCAUCUUAGGCCACCUCACACCCUCAGUCCCAAGCAACUGUAAAGUGGGGCAGCGCGAUCCAGAGGACUACUGACCUGAGGCUGAGGGCCGCGACAGACCCGCCGUGCCCAGCCGUCGGGGCUCCCUCAGGCCGCUUCAGGGUCAGCCUGCGGCGGAGGCCUGUCUCCCUCCCUCCGAUGCCCCGCAAGACGAGUGACAGCCCGCGCCCCCUCCCCCGGGGCGCUACCCCCGCGUCGUCUCAAUGAGCGCUCACAAAAGCCUGUGAGGCAGGCAGCGCCACAGAGGGAGGAAGCUGACGCCCAGGCAGCCUGAGCCACUUGCCCAAGUCCAAGCAGCUGGCGAGUGAAUUGCCUUCGAGAACUGAAUCCGAUUCCCCCGACUUCACGCUCUCCCUCUCCUCGCCCCCGGGUCCCGCCCACACCCACAGGGGGCGCCGACCUGCGCGCACGCGCAGUCAUCGCAGCCGCGUCCCCUUUAAGGGAUUCCUUUUGCCUCCUCCGACCCCUUCACUUCCGCUCUGCGUCCCCACAAUGCAGUGCGGCUGAGCGCCUCAGAGCCCGCGGGGACGCUGCGGGGGGACCCCGGCUGAGGCGGCGGCGGCGACGUGGGCUGCGGCGGGCCCGCGGCGUCGGGCGGUGCGGAUGUCGGGGUGGGCGGACGAGCGCGGCGGCGAGGGCGACGGGCGCAUCUACGUGGGGAACCUUCCGACCGACGUGCGCGAGAAGGACCUGGAGGACCUGUUCUACAAGUACGGCCGCAUCCGCGAGAUCGAGCUCAAGAACCGGCACGGCCUCGUGCCCUUCGCCUUCGUGCGCUUCGAGGACCCCCGAGAUGCUGAGGAUGCAAUUUAUGGAAGGAAUGGUUAUGAUUAUGGCCAGUGUCGGCUUCGUGUGGAGUUCCCCAGGACUUACGGAGGUCGGGGUGGGUGGCCCCGUGGUGGGAGGAAUGGGCCUCCUACAAGAAGAUCUGAUUUCCGAGUUCUUGUUUCAGGACUUCCUCCAUCAGGCAGCUGGCAGGACCUGAAGGAUCACAUGCGAGAGGCUGGGGAUGUCUGUUAUGCAGAUGUGCAGAAGGAUGGAAUGGGGAUGGUUGAGUAUCUCAGAAAAGAAGACAUGGAAUAUGCCCUGCGUAAACUGGAUGACACCAAAUUCCGCUCUCAUGAGGGUGAAACUUCCUACAUUCGAGUUUAUCCAGAGAGAAGCACCAGCUAUGGCUACUCACGGUCUCGGUCUGGGUCAAGGGGCCGUGACUCUCCAUACCAAAGCAGGGGUUCCCCACACUACUUCUCUCCUUUCAGGCCCUACUGAGACAGGGUACCUCUUCCCAGAAUAGCUACUCAGCCGUGUGAGAAGGGCUCUUGUUCAUCCAGCUUUGGCAAAGAGAUAUUACCUGUUUGAAAACAAUAACAAAAAAGAAUGUAAUAUUAUAGCUGAGCCUGCUUCCCAACUGGCUCUAUUAGCUAACUUAUCACUUGAUUUGUCAUGCAAAAUAAGCACUGGAAAUAAGUAUAGCUACUGUCCUGUUUUUCUAACUGUCUGAAAGAAUCACAGUUAUAAGUGAAGCCUUAUUAAUAUGUACUUUUCAGUAAGGAGCAGACAGGUUAAUUAGCCAUUUAUCUGCACACAGGAGUGGAAGGAAAGACUGAGUGUGAACUCAGUUUGUCCCAAGAAGCAAGGUCUGACACAAGGUUCUAUUUGAGAAAUAGAAUAUGUGCUCAAUGGAUAGUUCCACUGAAACAGUGACAACUGUCAGGCUCUAAGAUAAAUUAUAAAAUCUCUCCACAAUUAACUGAAGUGGUUUAGUGCAUCAGAGGCAUGAUUAAGAGCUCACAGAUUUUUUUAGCUUUCUUUCCCAUCCUUGCUUCAACAAGAACUUUCCUUUAACUGGUUGGUUUUGGUCAAAGAGGUAAUCCCUGAGCUGGAGGGCUAUUUGUCUCUGAAGGCUGCUUCGAAUGGUUCUCCUCUGAGGGAAUCUGAACUUGAAGUUGUGCUUGGAAAGCUGUCUACCUGAGUGCUUAUGCUAGUCCUAUUCCCAAAUGUCCAGAGGGGUAUAGCAGCUCUGAGAACCCACCUAUCUGCAGAGAGGAGAUAAAAACAGUUCAACCCACCCAAGGUUCUGGAUUUUACUAGUAGCCCAGAGUUAUUUUAAAGCUUCCAUUUAAAAUAGUUACAGUGAGGUUUAAAGAUGCAAAUCU